AUGGCACGGCAUGAGGAUGAGGACACUUCGCAUGACUUCUGGUGGUCGCAUCGGCGGCUUUCAGAGGAGGAGGAGGCGAUCCUGACAGGAUCCUCCAUGGCAGCGAUCGAUAUUUCUGCGUCUAUAGACACGAUUAGGGCGAAAGCUCGGAAGAUGUUGGAAGCAGUGGCGACAAAGAACGGCAGUGACACGAUCGAAGGGAGUGUUGCGGAGAUAGAUGACGCACGAAUAGCGCCGUGGCACGAAGAACUUGCUGUUCUCCGAGAUCAGCUGCUGGAUGCGUUACUGGCCUCGCAACAGGGGCGGCAAGCGAGGGCGCAGGACGAGACGGUGCGUGGAGGCGGUACCGUGGUUGAGCCAGACACGUCUUCGCUCCGCCGAACCUCCCACGAGAUGCUGCUCCACGCCGUAUUUGGUGAGUGGGCCGCCCUUUGGGCUUCCAACAAGGAGGCGCACGGCGGUUUGCUCUCAGAAUCGCUUUUAGACAUUUUUCUUGACGGUAUUGUUUACACACAUGCGGCCAAAUGGAACGGUGAGGAGGCAGAGGAGGCAACUGGCGGCACGAUGAGGGACGUGGUGUGGAUGUUUGUGAGGGACACUUGGGGCAUGACACCUAUUGAGCAGGAAAAAUUGUUGCCACGACUCGUGCAGCAUGCGUGGGAAGCCUUUAUUGCGGAAAUGCAAAGGCUGGAAGAGGAGGUGCUGCGUGUGUGCACAGCGGUAGUGGAGUCACCCAAUGCAGAGGUGGCAGCGCACGAGCGACAGGGUGAGGCCCGCACACUUGUCACGAACGCGGUUCGGGUGCUGAGGAUGUUGGCGUCUCCUUCAACCCCCGCGGAGGCCGCAUCGAUGAGGGACACGUCCCAUGCCCAUGUUGUGGUGGCAACCUCCGCUAAGGCAAGACGAGUGGUGCAGAUGAUUGGUAGGUGGCUUCCCGUUUGCUGCGACUUUCUUCACGCACUCGCACCGCGGCAGGAUAAUAGUCGAAAGGAGGAAAAUGAGGUAGGGAAAUGUCCAGAGGGAAAUAACAAAGAAUGCAGUGACACUGCCGCAACCCCAGAAGCGGUUGAGUGGAUCCGGCAACUGAAGGGGCAGGUGGAGCGUGUUCUCCGGCUCUUGGCUCAGUCGGAUGAGACUUCGCCGUGGAUACUGAUUUUCGUAGAUAUCAUCGCACGCGUCUUUUACGUGACGACUAAGGACACAUUGCAGACCAACGGCGACGCAGAUGCUGAGGUGAGACAGCAUAUAGCACUUAAAUCCUUCUUGACUUCCUAUGAAAAGGGCGAUGAUGUGCCACCCGCAGCUGCCUUAACAGGUCACUGGACGCUUGCAGAGGCAUGUAACAUGAAGAUAAGUCACGUCUUGUCAUGUGCACUGGACAAAACAGGUUUCCCAAGCAGUCUCAGUACUCGCGUACUGCGUGUGUUGUUAGUGCAGCGUCCGAUAGCCACGCUGCGGCACCUGUUAACUUUCUUGUGUCCCGGCAACAACGUGGCGGCGUUAUGUGACUGUGAGCCCGUGAUCACCGAUAAGGGAAGUGCCAGUGAUGCGCGUUCCAUGGCGUUUAUGGAAGAGCCGUUGCAGGAGAAUGCCGUGGCGAGGACAUUUUUCCCGAAGUUUUUUUCCGUCUUUCGGGCUAUAGAGCAGGCAUUGGAGAGUCUUUGUGGGGAUCUGACGGGCCACGACUCGGAUGCCGAUGCCGUGUCACUCAUUCUGGAUCGAUUUUUGGCAGCCGCAAUGGAUAAGGUCUUCACGACGGGCUUUGCGCAGGAAAAAGGCGUGGCGGCGAGCGAGUGGCUCAUGUUUUUAGCAUUCAUAUGUCACGAUAUGCCUCUCUUUGACGUCAACGCGCUUCAUCACGUUCGCAACGCCGCUCGUCGCUUCUUUGCGCCAGGCAGGCCCAUGAUUUCAUACCUGCACGAGCAGAUUGUAAAGCAUGGGCGCCAUGGCCUUACUGCCUUUUUUCUUCCGCCGCUACGGGCGAUUGGUGUGGAUUACAGCACCUCCAGUGAUCAAGAGCAUCUGGGUUGUGCCCUGCGCUACCCGCUUUCGGCAGAGGUGGCGUACUUUCAGGAGCUGCCGCGCGGAUAUUACUGUCGCCAGCCACUACGUCUUGCGCUGAAUGCAAAGAACGACGCGUUACACUUUUUUCACGACCUUCUCAUGCCACCAGUGGUGGACGUGCUUUCAAAGAAUUCUCCCAUUGUGGAAAGGAAACUGAAAGAAGAGGACCGGGUGGCGGUGCGGGAUAGUUUUGUCGACAUGAUCGUUCAUAUUGGAAUUUUUGUGUUGGCGCGCGUGCGUGGUGACGCCGAUUUCCCCCCCGUGACGGACACAGUGACGGCAGACGCGAUGUCAUCUUUUUUUUUCGGUAUCUUGCGGCUGUGCAGCACUGUCACUUACUGGGAUGCUACCAGGCGACAUGAGAUUCAGCGUGCCAUUGUCAAGCAACUCUGUGCAAAAAGCCCCGCCGCAUCGAACCCCACAGCGACUUCCGGCAACAAAAGGCAAAACGGUGGCAGUCACAGAGCAGGGGAGAGAACGGCACCGUUGCCAAUGGCAUUUCUCCUUCGUGGCGGCUGUACGCUGGGGGACGGAGACGCAGAAGCGGGUGGUGUGUCGGAAGGGGAAACGGAAUUGCCGCAAGCCUGGCACGACUGGUUCUGCAACGUGGAGCUUGAAGAUAUUGAUGCACGUGCGGGAGUCUCGGCGAUGACGCUCCUGCGGAUUUGUAAUCGCGGCUACAUGAAAGUUAUUCCGACAAGGACGUUACUGGAGCGUCGGGCCACGCUGGAGCAGCACGCCAGAAAACAAAAGGAGUCAGGUUCACGGGAAAAAGUUGAAUCUGCAAUGGAGGCAGCGAUUCUGCGGGAUGUGAAGCGGCUGCGUGGACAGCGGGACGGUAACGCGGGGAAGCAGACAAACUCACAGGAUCAACCGGCUGUGAAAGAGAAGGUUUUGGCGGGGGAUGAGAUGAAGGCGGAGAAUGGGGUUGAGGAGAAUGGCAAGGCGACGGUCGUCAAGGCUGAGAAGUCAGAUGACAACAAGGGGGAGAAGGAAAUAUCAAUGCCGAAGCCCGAUGAAAAGCCGCUUCCCAUCGCGGUAGUGAAGCCGUACAUUGAAGCGAUGGUUGUGACACUCAUGCAGCGUGCCCGUAUUUCUGUAGUGGAUGGCGCUGCGGCUGGUGUGGCCCUAAAAAAAUGGCUUAUGGCGGUCUCGGGACGAUUCGAGCCGCAGGCCCUUUUGGAGGUGGUGCGUCGGGUGGUGUUGCAAGCAAACACCAAACUGACGCACGCCACGAAGCUGGAGUGUGCUUCACUAUCCGCUUUUUUGGGGGCCGUUGCGGAAGACAUUGUGCUGCCGUACAAACUGAGCUUUCUUCCUUGCAAUCCCACGCAUACGAAGCAGCAGCGUCAACAGGGAACUGCGCCCGCCGAGACGAAGGAGAAGGACAACAGCAACGAGUGGCUCCAUAAAGUCCUUCCAUUCUCGGAGAAGGAUGCUGGGAUGCUGCUGCGUGUUCUCAUUGCCGACACGACACGUGCUGUGACCCGCUUUUUGGAACACGCCACGCCACUUGGGGACUGGAAGGCGUACAUACUCACGUUUCACAUGCGACGCAUUAUGGGCCUUCUUGCUCGCUAUGAGUCGGCAUACCGUGCGGCGUUGGCAAGGAGACUGCAGCAAUUGUGUACAACGUCCGUUGUCAUGGAAGGCACCCACCCCGUCCAGCUGUUGGCGGCAGUGGAAUGCCCUCUGCUUGAAAAGAUGACACGACCAGCAGCUGAUGUGGACCACCUAUUCACAAGCGCAAUGCCAACAGCACAAGAAACACCGGUGCCAUUAUCAUCAUCCACUUCAGGGACGCAGAUGAACUCAACAGCCGCCUUGGGAGGAGGCAAUGGUGGCAACACUAGCAGGAAAAGCUGGUCGAAAUCUGUGGACGCAUCCAAACGGAAGAGGCAACGCUCCUCUGACAACUCCCAUUCUCAUCGUCACGGACGCCGUAGGAACGGCCCUCGCGAUCAGGAAGAAUGA